CUUCUGACAUCACUCUCAGAUCCUCGCCACCCGGGAAUUGAAGCAAAGAUAAAGAAAAUAUGCUAGGGAUUUGAUUGUACCUUCUCCGCAUUUCCAACGUUCUUGAAUCAUAUCCCCCACAGCCCGCACCGCAACCAUCAUCUCCAUGCAAGCACUUCGCCGCCAUGUCGUCUGAAAGCAGUGUGCGCAGCGUGCGCAGCGUCCCGUUACCCAUUCGUCCGCCGGGGGAUAUGGAUGCUUGGAUCCUGGGAUGUGGUCUUCCCUCGCUCACGGCCGCUGUUCACUUGAUUGAGGAGGCGAAGGUGCCGCCAAACCGGGUCCACAUUCUGGAGACGCUGAGCGUUGCGGGAGGGAGCACGGCUAACGGUGGAGAUGCGGAGAAUGGAUACGAUUACCGUGCCGGCGCAAUGCCUUCAUUUAAUGAUGUGUGCGUGGAAGAGUUGCUGUCGCUGGUGCCGUCCAAGUCGCGCGAGGGAAAGACUGCUCUGGACGAUAUCCUGGAAUAUGAUAAGGCCAAUCCGGUGGCAGAGGGAGCGGGGACACGGUUUCUUACAGCGAAGGGGGGAAAGCCAUGCCGCAUUGCGAUGAAGAGCGUUACUCUAGGCCUACGAGAUCGGAUGGACCUUUUCAUGCUGACGUCGAAGACGGAGAAGUCGUUGGGACGAUCGCGCAUUCAGGAAUACUUCAACGACAGCUUCUUCCGGAGCAAUUACUGGUUGACACUGGCCACAACAUUCGGUUUCCAGCCGUGGCACAGCGCCGCCGAAUUUCGUCGCUACGUCGGUCGCUUCAUGCACGAUCUCCACGACCUGAAUUCGCCUCGUCCGCUCGAUCGAGGACACUUUAAUCGACACGAUGCCAUCAUGACCCCGGUUGCCCGAUUCCUCAUGUCUCGGGACGUCGACUUCCAGUUCCAUACCACAGUAACCGAUAUCAUCAUGGAACCACGCAACGAGUGCGGUCGCGUUGCCGCGAUCAAGUGUGUCAAAGACAAAGAGCCAGAGCACACCAUCACAUUAGGCGGCAGUGACAUCGUCAUCGUCUCGCUCGGAUCCGUCAUGUCCGGUGCAACGACAGGGGAUAAUACGACACCCCCUUCGCUCGAACUGAUGGAGAUAGAAAAGGACCUCGACGAAAAUUGGCUUCUAUGGCUGGAGCUUAGCACUACACACCAUAAAUUCGGGAAUGCAUACAACUUCUGCACACGCAUGCAAGAAUCAAGGCUCGAGACUUUCACGGUCACUCUACGUUCUGACACCUUCUUCAAGAGCAUUGUGGAGGUUACAGGCAACCCACCAGGCAGUGCGUCGUUCGUCACCCUCAAGGACAGCAGCUGGUUGAUCAGCAUCAGCAUUCCCGAACAACCUCUUUUCCCGGACCAGCCGGCCAACAUCCAAGUCUUCUGGGGCUACGCACUGCACCCAGAAAAAGAGGGGAACUUUGUAAAGAAGCCAAUGCUCAAUUGUUCCGGAGAAGAGAUAAUGACAGAGCUUCUCGGCCACCUUAAGCUUCCACACGAUGGGAUCUUGGGUAAAAGCACUACAAUCCCUUGCGUGGUCCCUCGCAUGACAGCUACACUACUUCCUCGAGCCACUGGUGACCGACCGCAUGUAAUACCAGAUGGUAUGACGAAUCUAGGCCUCAUCGGACAGUUCGUUGACAUUGAAGACGAGGUCGUCGUGACCACUGAUUAUGGCGUCCGGGGUGCGCAGAUGGCAGUCUAUGGCUUAAUGGGACUGGAUCGGAGAAUGCGGAAGUCUAAGAGAAGCUCAGCCAUUAAUCUACUAGGCUUAUUAUAAUUUUCUCUUGGUUUACCUUGAGUUUUGGGCGCUGGUGCUGGGUGUUGUUUCCCUUUCCUCAUUUUCGUAGGUUUGAGGAUAGCAAUAUUCUAUUGCAUAAUUUAUUUCGUUGGAUGAGCCACCGAGGCCCCUCAACUAAUUAUCGCAAUCAGUCGAUCUGAUUUUUCCAUUGUAAACCGUAAUAUAAACCAACAAUGUGCAACGUCUACCCGAUAAAUUCACGUCCUAGCUCGCCCUUCUAUUGCAAGAAGAUGGAUGUAAAGCUUAUGAUACGCAGUGUGCAAUUUAGAAAUGGUGACGGUGUUAAUAUUGAAAACAAUGAAGC